AGCACGCCCCGGUCGUCUGCUCUCCUGCUUUCUCGUUCUGUGUCCUCGGGUGCCUGCAUCUUUGUCGAACUGAGCUGGUAUAGCCGCUAUGAGGGUCGUCGGCACAUUCCACCCCUCGUCCUCCGUAUCGCGGUCCCUCAAAUGUUUUCUAACGCCCGAUACCGCGCUCGAGCACCUCGUCGUCGCGAAGACCAACCGCAUCGAAGUCUAUUCCCUCCAGCCUGGUGGCCUGAAGCUGGAAUGUACAACGGAUAUGUGGGGGAGGAUUGUAGGACUGCAGGCCGUCCCGGCAAGGACACAAGGGCAGUCGAAUCUGCUGGUCAUGACAGACCUCCCCGACGCCAAGCUGGUGCUCAUGACGUACAGCACCGAGGGCGGCGUUGCAGCACUUACGUCGGGGACCUCGCAUUCGCUCAUGGACCAAGCUGCGCGCCCGGCCGAGUUCGUGACCGACUUCCAGGUCGAUCCGACCGGACAAGUCGUGAUAGCGAGUUGUUAUGCUGGGAAACUAAAGGUUGUGCGAAUAGAGGAUGGCGAGCUGGGCCAAGCCUUCGACGUCUCACUGCCUGAGAUCAACCUGCUGGCGUUCACGUUCCUGUAUACUGACGACGAAGAUCGGUUUACCCUGGCCCUGCUACAUCUGAACCACAAGCGGCAGAUUCAGCUUCUCUCUCGGGACGUCUUACUUGAGGAUCUCGAACUCUCGGCAGCGCACUCGAACCUGCUAAUAACUACUCUGCUCUCUGAACGCACAUUCCCGUCUCUUGACCCUGCGCCGCUUCUUGUUCCCAUACCCUCACACUCCACAGGAUCGGAAGAGGAUGACGAAGACGAGACCGGUCCCGCGCAUCGCGGCGGGGUGCUCGUACUCGGUGGGAGGAAGGUGAUGUUCUUCGAGAACGCUUCGCAGGAUCAGCAGGACACGCGCAAGGAGAAACAGCGCCGAUUGGGCAAGCGUCUCUCGAGUACCGUACAAGCCGAAGUCGCGAAAGCGAAGGAGAAAGAGAAGGAGCGUGAGACGCGGAAGAUCAAGGCCAGGGCGACAGUCAAGUGGCCUUGGAACGCUAUCACGGCAUGGUCUGCCGUAGACGCAAGAUGUAGACGGGUUUUGCUGGGCGACGCUUUCGGUCGUCUUGCAAUGCUAGCCUUCAACAAUGACGCUGUCGCCUUCACACUGCUUCCUCUCGGAGAGACGUCUCCUGCGACCAGUCUAACAUACCUCUCUUCCCAAGUCCUCUACGUAGGUUCCCACUUUGGCGACUCGCAGCAGCUGCGCAUACACCCCGCUCCGAUUGCGAACGCAAGCGUCGAUACGUUACCUAUCCCCAAGGGCGUGUCGACAGUAUCGCCCUCUGCACUCGCGUCUUCUCCUAGCAAAGGCAAAGGACGCUCGAUGGAUCUAGACGACGGCCUUGUCCGGGAAGGCCGGGUGAUCCAAACCAAGGGGACGUAUCUCGAAGUGCUGCAGACUCACGACAAUGUCGCCCCGAUCAUGGACGCCGUCCUUGCCGACAUAGACGGGAGCGGCCAGCCUCAGGUCAUCACUGCCUCUGGCGCUCGAAACACGGGCUCGUUACGCGUGAUACGCACAGAGGCAGACUUCCAGGAACAAGCCAAACUGGACGGGCUUCCUGGCAUCACUGACAUAUGGCCGGUACGGCCCCGCUUCAAUGACGCCACACACACGCACCUUGUCGUGUCUACCUCGCGCGAGACGCUCGUGCUGUCCUUCGCGGGGCAGGACACGAUCACUCACGUCGAACCCUCCGUUGCGGGCUUUGCUACACAUGUGCCUACCUACGCUAUAGGCAACGUACCUCGACGGCAGACCACCACGAGCGGAGGCCGGACGACAUCCUCAUACGUAGACUCCCCGCUGGUAGCACAGAUCACUAGCGAGGGCGUGCGCCUCGUCGAGUAUGACCCUACGCUCAAUGGCUUCACUCCAUUCGGCGCGGGCUGGUAUCCGAAGAAGUCGGGAGACGCAAGUAUGGCUGGCAGAGACAUCGUGGCCGCUGCGAUGAGCCCCAGUCAAUUUGUAGUGGGUCUCAGCGGCGGCCGGCUCGCGUUGCUCAAUCUCGGCGCGAACGACGCGCUUCAGGUGGUGAAGACACGCGACUUCCCGGACGAGAUCUGCGCGAUCUCCUGCACGCCGUUCGACCCUACCAAGAACUACGCCACGCACAUCGCCGUCUCCUUCUGGUCCUCCAACAAGAUCGCCGUCCUCUCGCUCGACUCGCCCGCCUCAUACCUCGGGCCCAUCUGCGAAGUGUCCCUGCCCACCCUUCCGCGCUCCAUCCUCCUGCACAACUUCGGCGCUGGGGCGCGGCCGAAGGACGCAGACUUCCGACCGCACCUGCUCGCGGGGCUAGCAGACGGGAACGUGAUGACGUUCGCGCUGCGCGAUGGGGAACUGCACGACAGCAAGGCGAGUUCGCUGGGGAACGCGCCGGCAAGCUUGUCGUUGUGCGCAGUGGACGGGAGGACGGUCGUGCUUGCCGGUGGCGCGCGUUCCAAUGUGCUAUACUGGGAUAGGCAACGAAUCAGGCCGUCGCCGGUUGGGGUCAAGUACAUGGCGAGGGGGGCUACGCUGAAUACUGCAGCAUUCCCGUCGUGCUUGGCCAUUGCUACAUCAUCGGCGCUGCUUAUCGGAAAUGUGCGGGGUGUAGACAAGAUGCAGAUCCGAACGAUUCCGCUCGGGAUGGACAAUCCCAGGAAGAUGGCAUACCAUGCAGGACAGCAGGUAUUUGGGGUGGCAUGCGCGCGUACGGCACCAGGACGGGUGGGCGAUAACGAGGAUAUCACCGGCUCGUUCAAGCUACUCGAUGCGCACUCGUUCCAACAGCUACACCACUUCCAAUGCGAUCCCGACGAAGAGCCUGCAUCAGUGCUCGCCCUGCCCGGGGAGGGCUCAGCGUCAAGCCCGGCCUUCUGUUUGGGAACGGCAGUUAUUCGGCCGGAGGAGCGCGAGCCCUCCAACGGACGAAUCUUGCUCUUCUCACUCUCAUCGGAAAACGGCGUGCGUUCACUGACCACCGUCGCGUCGCACAAAGUCCGAGGUUGCGUGUAUGCUCUCCAACACGUCUCGGAGGGCGUGAUCGCAGCCGCCAUCAACACAUCGGUGCUGCUUUACAAGAUCCGGGAAGGUAACCUCGGGGAGGGCUUCGACCGCGUGCUCGACAAAGCCGCGGAAUGGAACCACAACCACUUCGUGACGAGCCUCGUGUGGGACGGGCAGUUCCUCCUCGUCGGCGACGCGAUCAGCUCCGUGUCCGUGCUGCGUGUAGCGGACGAUGCGACGAAACUCGAGAGCGUCGCGCGCGACUACGCGCCGCUGUGGCCUGUUGCGAUCGAGAGCACAGGGAAUGGCGGUGUGAUAGGUGCUAACAGUGACUGCAACUUGUUCUCGUUCGCGCUGCAAAGAGGCCCGCAACGGAACGGUCUUGAGAAAAACGGCGUCUAUCACAUCGACGAUGUCGUUAACAAGCUGAUCAAAGGAGCGCUAUCAUCCGCCGACGUCUCGCAAGACCAGGCCGUCAAAGCGGGUCAUGUGUUCUUCACCUCCACAGGUCGCAUCGGCGCCAUCCUGGACAUGAACGACACGAUGUCGCUGCACAUGACUGCGCUGCAGCGCAACAUGGCCAAGUCUCUCAUCGGCCCCGGGGGCGUCAAUCACACGAAACGUCGGGCCCCUGCAACUCCGCGUGGGCACACCGACGCAGAGGCCUCGUACGGCUUCUUGGACGGUGACUUCUUGGAGACCUUCCUGUCGCACGCGCACCCGGAGCAGCUGUUGGUGGGCGAUGUCGAGGCGGAGCGUAUCACACUACCCAUCGACACCGUCAAGAACGUGCUGGUCCAGAUACAAAGCUUCCAUUGAUAGUAGACCGUAGUAAAGAUUGUUGUAACACCAGGGAGCUCUGCUGGAAUGUAUUAUUAGUGUUUGUACGAUGCAUCACGACGUGCACCGCUGCACGGAAACGAGCAUAUAGUUUCCAUUAGCAGAGUGUGUAGCUUCGCGUACAUAUCGUAUAGAUAGCCGUAAUACUACACUAUUGAAUCACACACAACAAUCAUCAAGGCCUCAACACUCGUCCCCCUUAGGUCGUGGUAUAGUAGUAAACUAAAGUAAAAGAGUGUUCGGCGUCAUCCACCACCAAAAACAACCGGUAAACGCCGCGCUAGAACGCGCGGCUCCUCCCCCCAUCCCCCGGUAUCUUCACGCGCACCGGGCCCAGCUCGUGCCACUCCGCAUGCGGUUCGCGCCCUGGCUUCGACGAACUCGAGUGGUGCACAUGCGUCGGCGCGGGCAGCCCGAUCUCAUCGCCGCGGUCGUCGUGCGUGACCGAGUACUCCUGGAUCGCAACGUGUACCGCCGUGCCGCGCGAUGCGCCGCCCCGCAUGCCCGCCCCGCGCCCGAAGCGCAGACCAGCGUAGCGGCCAGACGAUGGGGAGACCGGGAUGGGGUCACCCGAGCUGUACAGCCCGAGCGAGUCCCAGGUCGCGUGCGCCUCUUUCUUGAGGUGGAGCGUGAUGCGCGACAUCAUGGCGACGGUCAUGAGGUAUUCAGUUUGUGCGGUCAGAUUUUUCAGUCCAUCGGGCGCGAACACGAUCAUCAAGGUCAGGAUGAGGGUGAUGGUAAAGAUGACACUAUAGUACAUGAUGCCCUCCUUAAGCAGCAUACGCAGGAUGUGUCCGGCAGUGGGGUUCCUCCGGUUCACGCCUCCCCACGUGCGCUUGAGGGUGAAAAUGAGGACGAUCGUGUCGUACAAGAGCGGGAGCCACGCUGAUGCGGAAGCGAUUGGACCUUUAACUUUGUCGGGGUCGAAGAUCAUGGUACAAGCGGUUAUCCCUCCUGUAUGCCUGACAGCAAUGCCGUGCGUCAUGAGCCAUGCGUUCACUCCAAAUUCGACGAAGAAGACAGCGGUGACGAAAGCGAUUACCCAUCUCCUCCCCUCGUACAUGGCGUAUAUUCGAAGCAACAUCAUGAUGGCGGUGGUAUUGAUGCCAAUGACGGUCAUACUGCCUUCGUACCGCACAAAAUGCUGACACACUGCAGGAGUCCAUAUGGGUGAAAAAUAUGCGAACAAGUUGACGAUGAAACCGAGGGGGGUCAAAUAGCGGUUCAGGAAAAACAGAUAGAUGAGCAGUCCCUUCUUGCGCUUCCAGAUGUACUCGAUCUCAUCGUCCAGAGUCACGAUGUGAUCCCAUAUCAGCACCGUGAAGCUGGCGAUGCCAACAUAGAAGGUAGUUCUCAGUUCAUCAGUAUCCUUAACGAAGGCAGCGUAUUCAGACGGGGUCAUAGCGCUGCCCCAUUCAGUAAGGUACAACUAAGGACCGGCGGACGGAGGGAUCCUGCAGCGUGGGGGUUCUGGGGGCGAAGUCCUGCAGACGACCGGGAAUGCGGGGGCAUUUAAAGGCGUCGAGUGC